AUGCCCCAGCUGACCUUCGGAGCCGACUUCGUCCCCAGCGAGAGCCGACACGUGUCGGGAGCGCUCAGCACGGCCGUGCCAGGAGGGUGCCGGUGGCAGCCGGUGCCCCGCAUCGCAGGACCCCCCAGGAGCCGGGCAUUACUCUGUAACCCACCGGCUCUAAUGUUUUACCAACACGGUGCUGGCGGCAGUAGUGCCCCGGCCCCGCUGGCACCUGCCACCCGCGCCGCGGCCUGGGUGACAGCGACUAAAGUCCUUCCCACUGCCAUAAAACCCCGCGCGGUGACAUCGCCACCACGGCCGCGUCGCUGGAGGAUGGGGACUCGCUCGGGAGACCUGGCUCAGCCCCAGAAUGGGAAUGCAGCUCUCACUCCUGCCAGUCCCCCACAUCCCCCUGGGAAGGAACUGCCUGCAGUGGGCAGGCAGGACCCCAGAGUGAGCACCAGGUCCCCCCGGCCAGAGGUGGACAUGCUCUACAAGAUUGAGGACGUGCCCCCCUGGUACCUCUGCAUCCUGCUUGGCUUCCAGCACUACCUGACCUGCUUCAGUGGCACCAUUGCCGUCCCUUUCCUGCUGGCCGAGAGCCUAUGCGUGGGCAAGGACCAGCUCACUGUCAGCUACCUCAUUGGUACCAUCUUCACUUGCGUGGGCAUCACCACCCUCAUCCAGACCACUGUGGGCAUCAGGCUGCCCCUCUUCCAGGCAAGCGCAUUGGCCUUCCUCAUCCCCGCCAAGUCCAUCCUGGCCCUGGAGAAGUGGCGAUGCCCACCCGAAGAGCAGAUCUACGGUAACUGGACGCUGCCACUCAACACCUCGCACAUCUGGCAGCCCCGCAUGCGAGAGAUCCAGGGGGCCAUUGUGGUGUCCAGCCUGGUAGAGGUGGCCAUCGGGCUGCUGGGGCUGCCCGGGGCACUGCUCAGCUACGUCGGGCCUCUGACCGUCACCCCCACCGUGUCCCUCAUCGGGCUCUCCGUCUUCCAGGCAGCCAGCGAGCGGGCUGGCUCCCACUGGGGCAUCGCUGUGCUGACCAUCAUCCUGGUUGUCCUCUUUGCCCAGUACCUGCGAAACGUCACCAUCUGCCUGCCCGGCUACCGGCGGGGCAAAGGCUUCGUCCUGCUCCGUGUCCAGAUCUUCAAGAUGUUCCCGAUCAUCCUGGCCAUCAUGCUGGUGUGGCUGCUCUGCUACGUGCUGACGCGCACCGGCAUCCUCCCCAGCCAGCCCGAGGCCUACGGAUACAAGGCCAGGACGGACGCGCGGGGGGAGAUCCUAUCCGUGGCACCCUGGUUUCGGGUCCCCUACCCCUGCCAGUGGGGUCUGCCCACAGUGACCUCAGCGGCUGUGCUGGGGAUGUUCAGUGCCACGCUGGCAGGCAUCAUUGAGUCCAUUGGGGACUACUACUCCUGUGCCCGGCUGGCAGGAGCCCCUGCUCCCCCCGUGCAUGCCAUUAACAGGUACAGCCAGCUGCCCCCAUCCCCGUACCCUGCCUAUGCCAUGCCAUCCCUGGGAACCAGGCAGGGAUGCUGCAGCAGGGUGGUGGCUGGGCCCAGCCUGCUCUCGUCGCUCCUCAGGGGGAUUUUCACGGAAGGCAUCUCCUGCAUCAUUGCGGGGCUGCUGGGAACCGGCAACGGCUCCACCUCCUCCAGCCCCAACAUCGGUGUCCUGGGCAUCACAAAGGUGGGGAGCAGGAGGGUGAUCCAGUACGGGGCCGGCAUCAUGCUCGUGCUGGGGACCAUCGGCAAGUUCACGGCGCUGUUCGCCUCCCUGCCCGACCCCAUCCUCGGCGGCAUGUUCUGCACCUUAUUUGGCAUGAUCACGGCCGUGGGCCUCUCCAACCUGCAGUUCGUCGACAUGAACUCCUCCCGCAACCUCUUUGUGCUGGGCUUCUCCAUGUUCUUUGGGCUGACCUUGCCCAACUACCUGGACUCCCACCCUGGGGCCAUUCGCACAGGUGUCCCUGAGCUGGACCAGAUCCUGACAGUGCUGCUAACGACGGAGAUGUUCGUUGGGGGGACCAUCGCCUUUGUCCUGGACAACACCAUCCCAGGCACUCAGGAGGAGCGGGGACUGGUGCAGUGGAAGGCUGGGGCGCACUCGGACAGCACGUCCAAGGCCAGCCUGAGGAGCUACGACUUCCCCGUGGGCAUGAGCGCGGUGCGCAGGAGCCGCUGGCUGCGGCGUGUGCCCAUCUGCCCCGGCUUCACCGGCUGGCGGCCCCGGGCGGGAGGCUGCGGCACGGCGCCGGCGGCGCCCGCGGACGCGCAGGACGCCGCGGACAGAGUCUCGGUGUGCACCAAGGUCUGA